UGACAUACCUCGACAAUCCGGCGACAAGCUAACAAUCCGUAUCGCUCGCGAUGCGUAUUUCGAUGCUUUGUUUGUAGAGAGUCACGUGUUUCAUUUCGUCCUAUUCAGGGGGGGAAAUAAGAGUAACCUCGCCUUAGAAGCGGAUUCUGACAUCCUUGACCAUCCUCUUCAAUAUCUUGAUCGGUUCGUCAUCCCAAUCUACCGAGAUCCUGCAACGACCCACAAGAAUCGCAUCACCCCAACUUACUUCUACAAUAUGGUGAAACUAACUCUGAUGAUCAAGAUGGAGAUGGAGAAUGUUACGGAUGUCGUGCCGAAGGACGAUUACGAGUUCCAGAUGAACAUCAUGUGCACGUCAUGCCGUGAACAGCACGAGAAUGCGGUUUCGCUCAGUAGCAAGGAGGAGCGGGAAAUGUCGGGAUCGAGGGGGACUGCCAACUUUGUUUGGCGAUGUACGCACUGCAAGAAGGAACAUUCUGCCAACUUUAUCGCACCUACCUCGUCCUCCAAGGACCUGGUCGCACCUUACACCUCAGAUAACGCCCAAUUCCAACCUCUGAUCUCCCUCGACUGCCGUGGUCUCGAACCCGUCAAUUUCCUCUUCACGAACGGCGCCGGCGGGUCCUGGAAAGCCAAAGCCAAUCAGGAGACCGAGAACGAGGAUGGGUCGAGGGUGAAGAAUGCGGACUUCGAAUUCGAGAUCGAUGAGGAUGGACGGUGGGAUGAUUACGACGAGGCGAAUGCCCGGACCGUUGGGGUUAGCGAGGUGGAGGCCAAGUGGCAACGUACUUAAUAGACUCUAUGCGAUUAAAUCUGGUUGUAUCGAUACAUGGAUAUUGCAUGACCCCGGACCCGAAAUUAGACGCCAACGAUACUGCAACUCUAAGCGAAUCCACCGAUGAUGUCUUU